AUGCUUCCCCCCUUAGACGAGGCCGUCCUCAAGCAAAACCCCGACUUCGAUCGUCUCUACAAGACCCUCACCGGCUCUCUUCUCAACCCCGAUGGCUCGACACGGAGCAACGACCCGGCAGCUAAGAAGCGGGAUGCCGUACACAAUCGCGCCGCGUACGACUUAACGACGCAUCUAGCGCGACACGCAGCCAUUCUAGCCCACCUCGUCCGCGUGCUCGAGUCGAAACACGGCCCCGCCGCGCGGUCCGCCGAGCUACGGGCCGAGGAGGCUAAUCUUUCCGUGCGUGUCUGGGCCCUUGCCGCCGAGGCCUUGCUCUGGGACACCCGGCGCGCCGUGUACCCUCCCGAAGCGAGGCGCGCCUUGGCUAAUUACAAGCGGCACUUGGGUGAUGCGCGGAUGCGCCUUGCUGAUACUCUCCGUGUGCGCCAAGCGGAGCUACAAGACUACGGGGUGAUGCCUGUCGAGAAAGGGGGGCAUGGUGGAGAACAGAGCAGCAAAGAGCGUACGAUGCGCGAGAUGGCUAGGGUAUGGCGUGAGAUGGAGUCAAGGCUUAAUGAAGUCAAGGGUGAUUUGGAUCGAUUGAAAUAA